AUGAACAGGAAACUUCCUCUUUUCUCCGGCUUUAGUCCUUACGGCUGGGGAGCUAAGAAUUCUUCAAUUUACAAAGUUGUUUCUCAUCAUAUAAAUAAGGACUACCUUGAUGCCAUGCAAUGCAAACCUUUAGCUUUAAUCAUGAUCAGGAAUAAUCCUUCCAACCUUGUUUUUCUGCUCUUUUUCUUGCUCUUCAGGAUUAAUUUCUUGGCCUUGGCACAGAACACGACUCUUCCAGUAAAUGUGGGAGUGAUUCUUAACUUGGAUACCGGGUUUGGGAAAAUGGGGUUGAGCUGCAUCGAAAUGGCCCUUUCCGACUUCUAUGCCUCUCAUGCUUACUACCAUACUAGGCUGGUCCUUCACAAAAGGGACUCUGCGAACGAUGUUGUUGUUGCAGCUGGUGCAGCUCUGGACUUGAUAAACAAUGUUAAAGUGCAAGCCAUCAUAGGGCCACAAUCAUCAAUACAAGCAAAGUUUGUGACUGAACUUGGAGAUAAAGCUCAGGUGCCCAUAAUCUCAUUUUCAGCAACAAGCCCUUCCCUUGGGAAUUCAUAUUUUAUCCGAAUUGCUCAAAAUGACACAUCUCAAGUGAUAGUCAUAAGUGCCAUCAUCCAGGCCUUUGGUUGGAGUGAAGCAGUUCCCAUCAGUGUUGAUGACGAGUUUGGAAAGGGAGUAAUACCUUAUCUGACUACUGCUUUGCAAGCAAUUGGUGCUCGCAUCCCCUACUGGGUUGUCAUUCCUUCUAUGGCAACUGAUAAACAAAUAGAUGCAGAGCUUGACAAGUUGAUGAAAAUGAAAACCAGGGUCUUCAUAGUGCACAUGUUGCCUUCUCUUGGCUCUCGACUUUUUUCCAGGGCAAAUGCAAUGGGAAUGAUGGAAAAAGGCUUUGCUUGGAUAGUGACAAAUGACAUGACUAGCUUCUUUAGUUCCUCAAAUUAUUCUGUCAUAGAUAACAUGCAAGGGGUGUUGGGUUUAAAGACAUAUGUUCCGAAUACAGAGCGGCUUGAAAAUUUUAGAGGUAGAUGGCAAAGGAAAUUCCAACAAGACAAUCCAACUCUCCUCAAUGUCAAAUUGGAUGUUUUCGGACUGUGGGCUUAUGAUGCGGCUUGGGCACUUGCCACAGCAGUUGAGAAGGUACAGACCAACUUUUCUUCUUCCAGCAAGAUGAACAUCUCUGGUGGUUCCACGAGUUUAGAAAUGUUGGAGAUCUCUCAGAGUGGUCCUGAACUUGUCCAAGAACUAUGGGGCACGAGAUUUACUGGCCUUUCAGGAGACUUCAAUCUUAUUGAUGGACAACUACAAUCAUCAACUUUCCAGGUAGUUAAUGUGAAUGAUAAUGGGGAAAGAGGGGUGGGCUAUUGGACACCCCAGAAUGGACUUGUAAGAAACUUAAACUCAAAAUACACAAACAGGUAUGCUUCUUCUAAUGCCAGUCUUGGAACUAUCAUAUGGCCUGGAGACACCACCUCAAUUCCGCAUGGUUGGCAGAUUCCUAUGAGUGGAAUGAAACUAAAAGUUUUAGUCCCAGUGAAGAGUGGUUUCAAAGAAUUUGUAAAUGUAACAUAUGAUCGUGGCACUAACACAAGUAAUGUCACUGGAUACUGCAUUGAAGUCUUUGAAGCUGUCAUAAAAUCAUUGUCAUACCCUGUCCCUUAUGAGUUUUAUCCCUUUGCAAAAUCCAAUGGUGAGAGUGCUGGUGGUUACAAUGAUUUGAUUGAUCAAGUGUUUCUGGGGAACUAUGAUGCAGCAGUUGGUGAUAUUACCAUUAGAGCAAAUAGAUCCUUGUAUGUUGACUUCACGUUGCCAUACACAGGAUCUGGGAUAUCAAUGGUCGUGCCUAUCAAAGAUAAAAACGACGCAAGAAGCACAUGGGUGUUCUUGAAGCCUUUGACUUGGGAACUUUGGGUAGCAAUCGGUUGUUUUUUUGUUUUCACUGGUUUUGUUGUCUUGGUUCUUGAACACCGGAUAAACAAGGAAUUCCGAGGGCCUCCACUUCAUCAAAUCGGUACAAGCUUAUGGUUCUCAUUCUCAACAAUGGUUUAUGCACAAAGGGAGCGAGUCGUGACCAACUUGGCUAGGUUUGUUGUGAUAGUAUGGUGCUUCGUUGUUCUCAUACUAACUCAAAGUUACACUGCCAGUUUUAGUUCAAUUUUAACAGUUCAACAGCUUCAACCAGUCACUACUGAUGUAAACCUGCUAUUGAAAAACGGGGACAAUGUUGGCUAUCCGGAAGGUUCUUUUAUUUAUGCGAUCCUGAAGGAAACAGGAUUUCAAGAUGCAAACCUCUGGAAAUACACGACUGCAGAAGAAUUGGAUGAACUUCUACAAAAUGGGAAUGGAAAGCAUGGUAUUUCGGCUGCUUUUGAGGAAACCCCAUACAUGAAACUUUUUCUUGCAACUUACUGUUCAAAAUAUACCAUUGUUGAGCCAACAUUUAAAGCUGAUGGUUUUGCCUUUGUCUUUCAAAAAGGCUCAAUUCUCACGCGUGAUGUUUCAACAGCAAUCACUAGUUUGCAUGAGGGAACUGAGAUGAAGAAAAUCGAGGACAAGUGGUUCAAGAAUAAAGCAACUUGUUCAGACUCUGGCACCACAGCUUCUUCUAACAGUCUAACGCUUAGCCUUGAUAACUUUCGGGGCCUCUUCAUUGUUGCCGGGGUUGUUUCAUCAUUAUCUCUAGUCAUAUGUGCAGCCAUGUUCUUCCAUGAACACAGGCACACUUUGAGGAGCAUUGAACCAGAAAUAUCAAUUUGGAGUAGAAUUCAUUCCGUGAUGAGCUUAUAUGACCAAAGGGACCCCAAUUGGGAUACUUAUAAUGGAAGACAGCAGCAACCUUCAGUUCAUGGUGUUAUAGGUGCCGUUGAAGCCUCACCAAACACCAUCUCUCCCCCAAGGCCAUCAAGCGCAAACGACAUUGAGCAUGAAAUCGAGUUAACUUCCCCAGAUGAAGAGAGACCAGUAACUCACUAG